UUCAGUUCUCUUCAUCGAACAAGCAUCCCAUGCUCCGUUGGGCGCCGUCCUCCGUUGUCAGCACUGUGUGGUUGUUCUCGGGCAAGCAGUGAAGAAGGUUCGAACCCUAGGGCUUUUUCUACUCCCAAUAUCCGGUGAGAUUGACUUGUUCAAUCUGGUGUUUUGAAUCUAGGUUUGUUUUCCUUGUUAUUGCAUCAUGAGUUUACUGGAAGUCAUUAAGAAUGCUUCAGUCAAUCCGAAGGUGCCUGAUUCACCACCAGACUACCCAAUUGUUAUUAACACAGAUAAUAUUAUUGCAAAUUUAAAGCCGGAACCGGAAGAAGAAAUAAGCUCUUCAUCCGUCCUAAAACCUCUCAUUGGAUGGAAUAUCUCGCAAACUGAUACAGAACUGGUUGCCAUUAGCAACAAGUUCUUCGUGGAGCUAAAGACAAAGCUCAAGUCUAGUGAUUUUAAUAGGGACAAGUUUGUUAGUAGUUUGAAUUCAUACCUUGAUACCAUUAGAGACAAUGCAGGAGUUUCGAUUGGGAUUGAUUCAUCCAAUAAUGAUUAUACGAAGAUUUUGAUUGACAAACUUCAUUUUUUCAUUGGUAAAAACGUAGCUGGCCUGAUUUUGGAAGGAUGUGUUUCUUUGGAGAUAUGGGAACUGGUUGAGACUUUGAUUGUUAAUGGUAUUGUUGAACGUUCUGGUUAUUCAAACUUGGUUUCUAGACUAGUGGAGAAGAGGAGGUCCAAUUUGGUCUGCCUGUGUAUUAGGCACGCAUUAGAUCUUGGAUCAUCUGAAAUGCUCUGCAUUCUGAGGUAUUUUCUUUGUCCGCCAAAAGAUGCUUUUGACAGUUUGGAAAUUGUGAGGAAGGAGUGGGAGAGCCAAGCACUAAUAGCUCUGGAGAAAGCAAAGGAUCGCAAGGGAAGGAAUUUCCUUUUGGCGAAGGAGGCUGCUGGUUUGCUUAUGCUGGCGCAUGAUGGGUUCUCAAGAUCGGAGCUUUGCCUGCAUUAUUUGUUUGCAUCAUCUCACAUCAACAGAGAUAUGCUAUCUCCUUCAUUUAGCAAGUUGAAUGGCAAAGAGACGAUGAGUUUGAUUCGGUAUUUGACAAAGUGGUUGAAGAAAUACCAGAGGUUUCCGCAAGUGGUGCCGUGCUCAAAUGCCUCGGCAACAUUAGGUUUGAAGGCUUGCGAUUGGGUUCCUAAGCUUGAAGUCGUUGGGAAAUGUCUUGGUUUGGUGCUUGAUGUGAAUUUUGCUUCCUUGAUGAUGCAUCCAGCGUUCCAUGAGGAGCUGAGAUUAGCAGAUGAAAUUGUUAGUUCUUUGACAGAUGAAGCCAAAUUUUGUUGCACGCUUGCUGAAGUAGCGGACAAACUAAGGGGUGAAGCUAAGGGUGGCAAGUAAGAUUUGCUCAAGAAUCGUUGCCCUAUUGGACUAGGGCUUUUAUUGGACCAGUUCUUAGUUUGUGCUCGAGUACUGUUUAAAUUGCAUUACAAGUAUGUUCGAAUGUGUUUGAUUUGUUAUUUAAUUGCCUAUCCAAGCAAUCUUGAAACGCAUAGCUUUGAUUACAUCGCAAUAUCAAAUUUACUUCAUAGAAA